AUGAUAAUGUACAGUGAGAAAGAUUUUGAUGAAAAGGCAGCAAACAUCAAUGUCCUGGGGAUCAUAGCAAAUAUGGAAGAGACAGGUUUUGGAGCGAAGAUACAGUCUAUUAACAUAUUAAGUGGAGUAUGGGUGGCUUAUGAAAGUCCUGACUUUACUGGGGAACAAUACAUACUGGAGAAAGGAAUGUACUCUAAUUUUGGUGAUUGGGGAGCUAAGAAGUGCACUAUCUCCUCUGUACAGCCAAUUCUUAUGGAAACUCUUGAAAGUCCAUGGGGACAUUUUAAGGUUGAAGUGUUUUCAGAACCUGACUUCCAAGGUCAAAAUCAAAUAUAUGAAGGAGAUGUGAAUAAUAUAGAAGACUCUUUUAAAAUAAUGUCUUGCAAAGUUUCUUCAGGCAGGUGGGUUGUGUAUGACCAAGCAGACUUCUCAGGCAAUCUCUGGGUAUUAGAAGAAGGCAUCUUCCCCAAUUUACGUGCCAUGGGAUGCCCACUUGAUGUAACUAUUAGGUCUAUAAAGAUGAUAAGCUAUGAAUUUUCAGAGCCCAAUGUAGUACUUUUUGGAAAGGAAAACUUCAAAGGCAGAAGAGUAAAAGUUAGCAAAGAAACUACAGACCUGCAGGCGAUGGGCUACUCCCCUGAUUUAAUGUCUCUGGAGGUACUUGGAGGAAUAUGGGUGUUUUACGAAUACACUAAUUACAGAGGUCGACAACUGUUAAUUUCACCUAGUAAAAUUGCACAGUGGCAGCAGUUUAGUGGCUGGAAUAGAAUUGGAUCACUGCAUCCUCUUCGACAGAAACGAUUGUACUUUAAGCUUCGAAAUAAGGACAGUGGAAUGAUGAUGUCAACAAAUGGAAACUUGGACGAUGUCAAACUUCUAAGGAUACAGGUCAUGGAAGAUAACGGGUCUGAAGAUCAGAUCUGGGUUUAUCAAAAAGGAGUCAUUAGAUGUCGCAUUGCAUCAUGAAGACUGCAGUAUGGCCCAGUGC